AUGGAAGAGGCCUAUGAUCAAUUGGUUAGUGUACCAAUAAACAUCCGCAGGAAAGGAUUGUUAUUUCAUUUUACUUAUGAUGACUGUGAAAGGAUUCACACAGAUGUCAAUGCAGAUACUGGUAACUGCUAUCUACUGAAUUUAAAUGAUAGCACAUCCAAACAAGCUGUUAUCGAAAAACGUUUCUUUUAUGGUAUUGAUUGGCUUUCAGAACUAACCACAGCAAACUGUAUUGAUCUGAAGCACAAUCAAUGGAAGUUCAUGGUUAUGAAGUUAAAUAAUGAAACAGUAGGUUUUGAAGGGCCGAGUUGGGAAGAUUUUCAUGACUAUUAUUACAAUAGUCUGAAAUGUGUCAAUGUAAUUGUUGUCUACACUGGAAAUCUGUUAUUCCAUUUAAGGCUUUACAACAAUGAAGGCUACUGUUGCAACCUAGACAUGGUUGGUUCGGAUACAUCUGAAGGUGAAGUUGACACAGUAGAUUAUCUCUGCAGCAACGGUGACCAGAACACAUUUUCAGCAACAAUGACUGAAACUGAGAUACCUUGGCAUAUAGUCCGAAGACUAAAGUUAGAAGAUUACACAAAUGCUAUUUUGUACUAUGAUGGAGUUCCUGCACUUAACAUACAUCGAAUUGUGAUAAAUGACAAUCCAUAUCGGUUUGUCAUUGAAGGUGAUCUCAAGUACAUGAUGGAUUUGAAGAAGAUACCUUUGGGUAUAACUUUAGGUUUUCGUAUAGAUGCUCGCAAGGCAGUUAAUAAAGAAUAUUUGAUCCUAGAAGUUUUGUAG